AUGGGUAGUGACGAGCGAAAUGCAAAGUAUCGUCAACAAGUUUUGGACUUGAUGAACCACAAAAGCAAUGCAGCAUUGCCUUCUUAUCCCCACGUUUCCAUGCUGGAUGCGGACGCGAUUACAAAGGAAUUGAUGGAAGAGUUGGUGGCACAAAAGGCCAUGCCGGAAUGGCUAGAGUAUCGAGCAACCACUAUCAAUUGUUUUCUAUUGCUACAAGGAAUUGGCAUGUUGGGAGCCUUUACUUUCUCUUCGGAUAUGGAAGUGAUACGAGGGUUGCGGGGUGAAGGAAUCUGGAAGCAGCAGAUGAAAAGAGAGCAGAAAAUCGUCUUGCUGGCUUUGCUAUCACUCGAUUGGUCCAACGCCCAAACGUUGGAAGCGAUUAGCUUACUUAGCUUUUGUUUUAUCUCAUAUGGUUACUCUAUUGAAUAUGCCAUAACAUCUUAUAGAGCUCUCAUCGCUUCAUAA